AUGAGAGGAAACGUCCGCAACUUCCGAGAAGGACUCACCGCCUAUCGGAACACUCGCGACCUGACUAAGACCUAUCGGGACUGUUUCAUCAACCAAGCAAACCAGGUUGCUGCUGUCCUCUUGCCUGGCUCCGAGCCUCCCGCAACAACCUCCAAGCGCGGUCAACCACAUGAUGAGUCGAAUGCCUUCGAAGAAGACGAGCAAGCUCACGACGAGGAGUAGAGGGCUAGAGCGAAUCUCCCCAAACCCAACCCAGCCCGGAG